UACUUUGAAUCCGACUUUAUUUCUAGAAACAACAUCGUGAUUUAUAGCUCAAACUACUGUCAUAUUGCAGCAAUUCCCUUCGUUUUCCGACCCAGUUGUCAGCAAACAAUAAUCAAAUUCUUUCAUAACUCACAGUGACUUCAAGUUAAUAGAGUGAUAGAUCGUCUUAUGCAAAUAUAGGGUUAUAACGAAACAAAGUUGCGCAGUAAUGAGAGCCCCGCUUGCAUACACUAUUGUACAUCACGAAAUAGCUACGGUUGAAUAAUUCGCAUUCAAGGCAUAUUUUAUGUUCUAGUUCACCAGCCUUCGAGAUGUCACCGUAAUAUCUAGACGCCACGCGAUUAAUAAGUUAUUUCCGCUCCGUCACGACAUCGCAUCCCUUAAUCGCUUUCGUUCGUCGCGUAACUGUAUUCAUAUUCCUCUCUAUUUCCAGAUGCUGUCGCCACACGACGACGAUGACGACAAUCACCUUUGCAUCAAAUGCAACGAGACUAUUAUAGGACUGGACAAUUACGUCAAGCAUCGAAAGGAGAGAUGUGGAAAGUUGAAGAGUGUUGAUAAAUCUGUGCUUCCUACAAUAGAUCCUCUGGAGCCGACGUACAGUCUCGGCGCUGAUGUAUUUUUUCAAUCCUUAGAACUGCAGAGUAGUGUCAAAAAAUCUUCAUCACUAUCGAGACUCACGCCACCGACAUCUAUUUACAAAUCUAGUGCAGAUAGAAAAAACACACUAACAAUUGCUUCAACAUCAACAUCUAGAGAUAUUCCUAGAAUGAGCCCAUUAGAAAAUAAUCUAAGAGGAGAGGAUUGGAUUGGUGGACACAGCCUGAAAAUAGAAACAAGUGAAGAUAAUCAAAUGAAACUGAUCAAUGCUGUUGCAAGUAUCAGCGGGGCGGCCAAGAAAGAUCUUCCUACAUCUUCAUAUAGCAUUAAUACGUAUAAUGAUUUCAAAGGAGACGAUGACUUGGAUGAGUCUGAUGAUUCAGAAGAUGAAGAUGAUGAAGAGCCGCCUCAUGAGGCAAAGUGGAAACCUCCACCAAACUACACAGGUGGGAAGUGGCGACCAGCAUCACCAGAACAUGAUGAAUGGGAGCGACUCAGUAUAGAUGGAAAUGACCGUGAAGAUGAUUACGAUGCCCCACCACCUGACCAUACAAAAGGCAAAUGGGUUCCAGGCCAAGAUAAAACACAAAUUAUGCAAACAACGAUCCAAUCGAAAGGCUCCGUACAGUACUGGUGUGGACCUUGUAAUCGCCGGCUGGGCUCUAGAGCUAUUUACGAUAAACAUUUAAUGUCCAACUUGCAUAUGAGAAAGGUACUUCCAGAGCAUGAACUAGAGUUCGCUGGACAUCUAGAACCGAUAAGAACAGUAGCAGAGAAACGCUCUACACGGUCCACAUUAUUUACCAAUGACACUAUUUAUACACAAUUUCAUAGAAAGAGACAGAAAUCAGAAAGCGUUAAGGCAAUAACGAAAAAGAAGAGAAAAAGGAAACCGAUUUUUGUACAAUGUUCGGGUUGUAAAUCGCGCGUGAGAUUGCACUUGAUGGGAAAGCACUUGAUAUCUCACUAUCACUUCAGGAAAGCAACUGACAUGAAAAGCGUCGACUAUAAACAGCUUAUUUUAAACAACAUGGAUGCUGUGGUGCACCAAUCACCAUUUCAAUGCAGUCCUUGCAAGUUUUACACUAACUGGCUUUCGAAUUUCAUGCAACAUUGGUAUUCUGAAGAACAUGACCAAAAGGUGGCAUCAAUGAGUGGCAGAUUUUGGUGUUCGUUUUGCAAAUUUGAAUGCGAUACAUCCCAAGAAAUGCUCGACCACUUGUCUAGCUCAGAACACACGGAGGUUGUCGCAGUAAUCAAUAGAUCGAUGCCAAUAAUUAUCCGCAAGAAGUCAGUAAUCAAAUGCGAUACCUGCGAUAUGGAAUUUCGGUAUAACAUAGAAGUAAAACAACAUAGCAAGAAAACAGGACAUGACAUAGCGUACACAGCAACCGAUAUGUAUCAGGAAUUACACAAGUGCCAGCAUUGCAAGAAGAAGUUCAAAUCCUCAGUUUCCUUGUGUUCCCAUUUAAAGUCUGAGCAUAAAGCAAAAGUUUUCUUUUGUCUCGUAUGCUCUAGGGUAUUCAAUUCUUCAUCAGAGGCGAAACAACACAGACAGACAUCUGAACACAGAGUACGUACCAAGGAGAAGAUGAUCGCUCGUGGUUUAUGCACUAAAGAUUUGAGAAAGAAAUGCCCGUACUGUCCGGGAAAAGUACUUCUGAAGAACGUCAUUGAACUUAGAGAUCAUGUUCGAAGAAUUCAUCCAAAUAUAAAGAAAAAAUGUUCCAAAUGCGGCAAAGCGUUCACGCUACCCCAAGAAGUGACGCAGCACAUCAAACGCAACGCCUGUCAGUUCCUCGAGCCGCACGCCAUCAGCUCUGGUCUCUGGAACUGCAGCCAAUGCCUCUUCACCACCGACUCGCAGGCUGAAUGCUUCUUCCACGAAGUACUCCAUACAUCCCCCUUACAAGAAUCCACUGAUUCCAAAACUAUUAAAUACGCCUGCCCUCUAUGCAAUAAGGUGUUUAAAAAGAAAUCUCUCAGGGAACAUUUGAGGCAACACACGUUUGAAAGGCCCUUCGCUUGUCCGGUUUGUGGAGCAAAUUUUACAAGACAGAGCAGUCUCAGUAACCAUAUGAAGGCAAAACAUGAAGAUCAGAGUUCGGGCCAUAGUUCUGAAGUUGUAAAAAAAGUUGAACCUAAAUGCGCUAGAUGUAAGAAGAAGUUUCUGGAUGAAAAAGAAUUGAACGAUCACGCUUGUCCAGUGUUUGAAUUGAAAUGCCCUGAAGAGCAGUGCACGUUUGUAGCGAGUACUCCGUCACAAUUGUUCAGGCAUCGCAAAAGUCACGGGAUAGCGAAGGUUCAUGAAUGUUCUGAGUGUGAUUUCAAAACAGAUCAAAUUAGUCAUUUAAAACGACACAUGGUUUGCCACAAAGGAGAGAAGCCAUACGCGUGUCCGCAUUGUAACUUCACUUGUGGGAGCUUGGAAAAUCUUCGUAAACAUGUUCUUAAAGGCAAAAAACAUCCAGGGAUGUAUCUUUAUCAAUGCAAGUGUUGCGAGUACCAAACUAAUUUAGCCACGGAAUUGCGGAUGCAUUAUAUAACAAAACAUCCUGAUAAAUACAAUCAAAAGGCUGCUGUUGAAGAAGUUAAGAAUCAAUUGAAAGUGAAAUUGUUGUAAAAUA